UCUCGCUAAUUCGCCGUCGUGUUGUAAUGGCGAAUGUGCCAACACGCGCCCAUGGCACCCAGUGUAGCCCCUUUUGUUCGCCAUAGUCAGUUCCUGGAUUAUUCCCUUUACAGUUAAAUCACCCGCGUUGCUUUAUUUUUUUUUUAUUUUUUUCCCCUUUUUAAAAAACAACAACAAUUAUUUCAACUACCCUUGAUCAGAUAGCCAGAUAGACACGGAAUCGACCUGAAUGUGAACAUUUUCGGUGAUUAUCCGUGGUCGGAAGUGGCGACUGGAGCUCGCGCUGUGCUCGGUGACAAGCGCCUGGAGUAAUGUAAGCUGAAGUAACGCACGCCGACAGCAUGGGGCUGGACUUUGAUGUGAAAACAUUCUGCCACAACUUGCGUGCCACCAAGCCACCGUACGAAUGCCCGGUCGAGACGUGCCGCAAGGUCUAUAAGAGCUACAGUGGUAUCGAGUACCACCUUUACCACUACGACCACGACAACCCACCUUCUGCUCAAGGAACGCCGCAGAAGAAGCGCAAGGGUCGCCCAGCUCGCUCCUCACUACCCACAUCCGGAGAUGGCUCUGAACUUGGUAACACCCACCCUAUGUCAGGGCACGGUGGAAUGCCAGGUAGCCCAGCAGAUAAUUCGGACCACUCACAUUCUCCUGGGAGAGACACGAUGACCUACGCUCAGGCUCAGCGCAUGGUGGAGCUGGAGAUCCAUGGCAAAGUGCACCGCCUAAGCAUCUUUGAGGACCUCGAUGUGGUGUCUGAGGAGGACAGUGAGGCUGAUGAUGGAGUAGGCGGGUCCAUGACAUGCAACGGUGAGAACGGGGUCAGUGAAGGUGGAACCAAUGGAAAGGACAGACCUGACACCCCUGCUGCAGCCAAUGGGGGUAAAGGAGCAGGGGCAACACCCAAAGCGGGCAAACACAAGAGCAAAGAAAAGAAGAAGGAUGGCAUGCAUCAUCAUGGAAAUCCACCAGGGCCAGCGGUCAAGCUACCUGAGGCUGUGUUUCGAGAGCUGGAUCAAGACAGGCCAGAUGCACCACCAAGACCAACAUCUUAUUACAGGUACAUUGAUAAAUCUGUGGAGGAGCUGGACGAGGAGGUGGAGUAUGACAUCGAUGAGGAAGAUUACAUCUGGCUGGACAUUAUGAAUGACAAACGGCGUAGUGAUGGAGUGACGCCGAUCCCUCAGGAGGUGUUUGAAUACCUGAUGGAUCGGUUAGAAAAGGAGUCCUACUUUGAGAGCCACAAUAAGGGUGAGCCAAACGCGCUGAUCGACGAGGAUGCCGUCUGCUGCAUUUGCAACGACGGCGAGUGCCAGAACAGCAACGUUAUACUGUUCUGCGACAUGUGUAACCUGGCCGUGCAUCAGGAGUGCUACGGCGUGCCUUACAUCCCAGAGGGACAGUGGCUCUGCCGUCGCUGCCUGCAGUCACCCUCUCGUGCAGUCGACUGUGCUCUGUGUCCUAACAAGGGCGGAGCCUUCAAGCAGACCGACGACGCUCGCUGGGCUCAUGUCGUGUGUGCGUUGUGGAUACCCGAGGUAUGCUUUGCCAACACGGUCUUCCUGGAGCCGAUCGACAGCAUCGAGCACAUCCCGGCGGCGCGCUGGAAGCUGACGUGCUACAUUUGUAAGCAGCGUGGGGCUGGCGCAUGUAUCCAGUGUCACAAAGCCAACUGUUACACUGCUUUCCACGUGACGUGUGCACAGCAAGCCGGGCUCUACAUGAAGAUGGAGCCUGUGCGUGAGACCGGUGCCAACGGUACCUCGUUCAGUGUGCGAAAGACAGCUUACUGUGACGUCCACACGCCGCCCGGCACGGCCCGGCCUCUGGGGGGAGGAACCGGGAGCGGCUCCUCUCUCAGCGAGGCAGAGGACGAGGACGAGGAGGAUGGCGGUGGAGUCGGAGAGGAGCGGGCCAAAAGGGCAAAGGCCAAAUCGAGGCGGAAACUAAAGAGGGCAAGGAAGAUCCUAGCAGAGAAGAGAGCGGCUGCGCCUGUGGUGUCUGUGCCGUGCAUACCGCCACACAGGCUGAGUAAGAUCACAGCCAAUCUGACAGUACCCAGGAAGAGUCAGUUCAUGCAGAGGCUGCAUGCCUAUUGGACCCUAAAGAGACAGAGUCGCAACGGCGUCCCUCUGCUGCGUCGCCUUCAGACACACCUGCAGUCCCAACGCAAUGUCGAGCCUGUUCCUUCUAUAACCACGGAUGGCGAGGAGAAGCAUACGGCACUGAAGGAACAGCUGAAAGCAUGGCAGAGACUCAGGCACGACCUGGAGAGAGCCAGACUUCUCGUGGAGCUCAUCCGCAAGAGAGAGAAACUCAAGAGGGAGGCGCUCAAGAUUCAGCAGUUAGCCUUGGAGAUGCAGCUGACGCCAUUCCUGGCAUUGUUGAGGAGUACGCUGGAACAGCUGCAAGAACGAGACACAAGCAACUUCUUCACUGUGCCUGUGCCACUGAAUGAGGUCCCAGACUACCUGGAUCACAUUGAGCGGCCCAUGGAUUUCCAGACGAUGUGGGCGAGUCUGGAGUCCCAUCGCUAUCUUAACUUUGAUACGUUCGAGGCCGACUUUCUGCUUAUCGUCAACAACUGCCUCAAAUACAAUGCCAAGGACACUGUGUUCUACCGGGCAGCAUUGAAGUUGCGGGAGGCGGGCAAUGGAAUCCUGCGACAAACUCGGAGACAGGCUGAGAGAAUCGGCUACGACUUUGACACCGGCAUGCACCUGCCCCGAGAGCCUAGCCCCGAAUCCCCACGUGAGAGAGAGAGGGAGAGGGAACGAGAAAGACAGCGAGAGAAGGAAAGAGAAAGAGAGCAGGACAGGGAAAGAGAGAGGUCCCCUUCUGGUAAUGAAGAUGACCUGCGGCGUUUGCCGCUAGAGGAGCAGUUACGAGUCUUGCAGGCACGUUUUGAUGAUGUCAGCUCAGGGAAGCACAGCAUUGGUCGCUCACGUCGAGCCAAGGCUCUGAGGAAGGAGAUGACUGUUAUUAAACGCAAGCUAGCGCAUCAGCGAGAUGGCGGGUCCAGUGGGGGAAACCGAGAAUCAGGAGCAUCCGGAGAGCGUGGCUCUAACCUCGCACACCAUGCAUCAGGAGCCGCGUGUCAUGACGAGGGAGGGGAGAGCAGCAGCCAGGAGAUUAGUGGAAAAGAUAUCACCGCUACUGCCUCUACACUAGCAUCAGAAGUGGGCCGCCGAACCUCAAUCCUCUUCUCCAAAAAGAACCCAAAGGCCACAGGACCCCCGAAACGUCCGGGGCGCCCCCCUAAAAGACGUGACGCAAUACACAACUCCGGAGCAAUGAGUUCCAGUCCUGUAGGACCUCCACAGCUCCCCCUGAUGACCACAGCACGCCAGCGCAAGAGACCACGAAGCCCUUGCUCCAGUUCCAGCUCUGAGAGUGAGAGUGACAAUGAUCACGUGGGCCUCGGUCUGCCUAGCAAUGGUUUCGAUGGUGGCAGUAAGCCCGUGACUGAGAGUUUCCUGGUCUACAGGAACGAGCCACGUUAUCCUCGCUCCAGCUCUGACUCUGAGUCUACAACCAGCAGCAGCAGCAGUGCCGCCUCUGACAGAACAAGUACCACUCCUUCAAAGCAGGGCCGUGGGAAGACUUCAUUCUCACGCUCAACGUUUCCAGACGAUAGCAGCGAGGAAACCUCUGGAACGGAGAAUGACUCCUAUUCAGUGGGAGGGGCCAGAGGAGUUUCACACUUGGUGCGAAGCCGGAGUAGGUCAGGUUGCUGGAUGGGCUCAACAGACUACAGCACGCUAGAUGCCCUCGAUCUCGUAUGGGCCAAGUGUCGAGGAUACCCCUCUUAUCCUGCUCUGAUUAUAGAUCCCAAAAUGCCACGGGAGGGGAUGUUCCACAGAGGUGUGCCGAUCCCCGUUCCCCCUCUGGAGGUGCUCAAGCUGGGGGAACAGAUGACCCAGGAAGCACGGGAGCAUCUAUUCCUAGUGCUGUUCUUUGACAACAAGAGGACUUGGCAAUGGUUGCCACGCUCUAAGCUCGUACCGCUGGGUGUGGAUCAAGAACUGGAUAAGGAGAAGAUGCUGGAAGGCAGGAAGUCCAACAUCAGGAAGUCGGUGCAGGUGGCGUAUCAUCGUGCCAUGCAGCACCGUAACAAAGUGCAGGGUGAUCCUAGCAGCGAUACGAGUGAUAGUGACUGAAACACACACACACACACACAGCAUGCAUGAACACCUGAUAUGAUUAACUAUUUACAAGGAUGUGAUAUGCAUCACUGAUGCACACACACGCACACAGGUGGUAUGUGUACCUAGGUUUACGCUGAUGGAUGUCAAAGACACACACAACAUAGUAAUCCAACUCUUUGGUGCUAAAUAACUUUGGGCAUGGUGUACGGUGUGUAUUGUGUUUUGUCAGGUCUCUAGUUUGUACGUGUUUAAAUAUAUAAACUGGUAGAUUUUGUAGAGUCUCUUCUCCAUGCCAGGGAAAAAAAAAAACAAACGGAAACACACUCACACCUCACCUCACACUACACGGUUCAGUCUAAAUUAGUGAACAUGUCUGAACAAUAACAGUUUAAUGAGACUUGUCGAGAUCAUGAGUCACAGGUCUCUGAUGCGUGUUUGUAUCGACAUGCACCAACCCGACUCCAACUUUAAUAGUGCAGACUGAUGUGCGGAUGUCUGGGGAAAUGAGCUGAUCUAUAGACGUCACAGUGAGUGGAAGCAGCCAAUAGAGAGAAAUCUCACAUAUAUGUGGUGGCCAUGUCUGUGAAUCCAAACAAUGUUUUCUUUGUGUGUGUGUGUGUGUGUGUGUGUGUGCGCACAAGCCCCUAUGCGAGUGUCCACAUUUGCAGGAUCAGAUUUUCAGCUAGAAAUACUGUCUGCAUUUUUAUGUGCGAGAGAGAGAGAGUGUGUUUGUUUUUGUGUGUGUGUGUGAGAAUGGUGAGUUUUGAGACACGAGGUGAGCGAAUGGUUGUGGAUAAUAAAAACAAAACGAGCUGUAAGUCAAUGCACAACACGCUGUCCUCACUUUGAACAGAGGACACAACAGAUUCCCCCGUCUGAAGAAUUAUCAUUUAUUUAUUUGAUCACACGAGCGAUCCCCCAUCCUUACGUCCACUCACACACACUACAACACAAAUACACUCGCACAUGUCUUGUGUCACGGUGUACCCAUUGUUGUUCAUCCUGUUUUGUACUUUUCUCGUGCUCGGUAUUAUGUAUUAUGAGAAGGACUAAAUGGUGUGCUCUCUUUUCUGGUUACAUGCCAAUCCUGUCACUGUAGAACUUUUAUAUAUUAAAAGAAAUCUUAAGAUAGAAUUUAAUAA